UGCUGCUACUGCUGCUGCUGCGCUCCGGGCUGCGCCUAGGGGCGGCCGUCGGUUCGGAAGCCGCAGCGUGGGGGCGCCGUAGGGCGGGCGGCCUUUUUGGGCGGGUCGUACGCUCAGACGCUGACUUCACUCCGAAGCACCAGGAGGGCCCUGAAUUUCGCUCAGAAUGAAAGGACCGCCUUCCUCAACCUUGGUCUGAGCUGGCAGGGCGCGCCAGGCAGCUGCGCGUCUCUAGGUUCUCAACGUUCAUUCCUUCAAAUCAUAUUUCCAGAGAAACUACAAGGAAAUGCAAGCAGUAAUUUACAAGACCAGAUGUCCUAUAUUAUUGCAAUAGAUGAGAAACUGUGUACUGUGCACCUAAAGCCAAGAUAUUUUCUAGCAAAGGAUUUUAUGGUUUAUUCCUACAGUCAAGGCAUUGUGAAUUCUCAGUCUUCAGGUAUUCAGUCUGAAUGCUGCUAUCAAGGAUAUGUCAAAGGAUAUCCAAAUUCUCUUGCCAUACUCAGCGCCUGCUCUGGACUGAGAGGAAUACUGCAGUUUGAAAAUGUUUCUGAUGGAAUUGAGCCUCUGGAUUCUACAGUUGAAUUUCAGCAUGUUCUUUAUCAAUUAGGAAAUGAAAACAAUGAACUUGGGAUUCUUACUGAAAAUAGCAGAAGCAUGGAAAAAUACUCAGUGGACUAUAACAUUUUUAUAAGUGAAAAACCAGAAACACCAAUUCCAGACUUACUUCCUCUUUAUCUAGAAAUGUAUGUUGUGGUGGACAAAGCUUUGUAUGAUUACUUGGGCUCUGAUAGCAUGACCGUAACUAACAAAGUCAUUGAAAUGAUCAACAUUGUAAAUUCAGAACAAUCUCAUUUACAACUAUUAGCCCAAUAUCUACCAAUGCACAUUAUAGUGGAAAAAGCUUUGUAUGAAUAUAUGGGACCUGAAAUGAUGGCUUUAACACCGAAAAUUGUCCAGGUUAUUGGGCUUGUCAACACUAUGUUUACCCAGCUUAAAUUGACUGUUAUAUUGUCCUCCUUGGAAUUGUGGUCAGGUAAAAACCAAAUUUCAACUGAUGGAGAUGCUGAUGAUAUAUUACAAAGACUUUUGGCAUGGAAACAGAACUCUCUUAUUCGAAGGCCCCAUGACAUAGCAUACUUACUUAUUUACAGGAAACACCCUCACUAUGUGGGAGCAACAUUUCCAGGGAUAACAUACAAUAAAAAGUACAAUGCAGGUGUUGCAGUGUUUCCAGAUGGUGUAAGUUUGGAAGGAUUUUCAGUUAUUAUAGCACAACUCCUUGGCCUCAACAUUGGAUUAACGUAUGAUGACAUAAAUAAUUGUUCAUGUCCAAGAGCUACAUGCGUAAUGAAUCAUGAAUCAGUGAGUUCCAGUGGUAUCAAGAUUUUUAGUAACUGUAGCAUGCAUGAAUAUAGGCAUUUUGUUUCAAAAAUUGAGGCAGAUUGACUUCACAACCUUUCAAAUUUUCAACUUCUGUAUCAAACUCAACCAUUGGCUGGCAGUGGGAUUUUGGAAUCUAAUGAAGAAUAUGACUGUGGUUACAAAGAGAUAUGUUGCCAUCUCUUUGUCGAUAAAUCCUGCUUUUAAAAUGAAAGACAGAAUAAAACAACACAGUCUGAAUAGAUCUGCACCCUGUGAGUUUCUACAACCAGAGGCUGUACCCAGACUGUCACAUAGAAGAUCCCUCCAGUGCCUCAUCAGUAUCUUCUUCACAGUAACUGUUGCCACAGUGUAUUUUUAAUCUUUAUUUUUUUAUUGGAAUGUCAAUUUAAAAAUUGCUGUGAUUUUAGAACAUGUAAGCUGAAAGGCUCAGCAGAAUGUGGUUCAGGACCAUGUUGCAGAUCAAACUGUGAGAGCCAUCAGAGAACUGAGCUGACAAGGCCAACUGCUACCCUUCAAAUUGGAGACAACCAGGCAGAUUUAGAGAAUGACAACUUCAUGUAGCAGACAUCUUAAGACAAAAACCACUGCAAGAAUCAUUACUGGAACAGGAAAACCUAUGCUACAGGUGCUGGAUCACUGGAUCCCUGCGUGGACAAGUUCCAGAGUAGAAAGAAAAUCCAGAGGGGCCUGGCAUUAGUGAGUUCGCUACACUUUCAUGGGUGUCACCACCUGGAGACUGACCAGGCUCUCUCAGUGAGCACUGGACAACACUCCCCUUCAUCCCACCACAUUUCCUACAUGGGUAGAGAAAUUUGGCAUCUAAAAUCUCAGAGAAUUCUGUUUUACUUAAUGAAGCUUAACUGAACAAAGAUUAUUUCAUCAAGGCCUAAGUGACAAAUUUAACUGAUGCUUACUUGAAUAAAGACAAGCACCCAACUCCAGCAUUCUCUAACUUUCAGAAGGAAGGAAAGCAGCCAUCCAGCUUAAGUCCACUCCAGCAUUUCAUCUGAGGGAAGAUAAAUGCCCACAUCUAGCUCCCUUGAAACUGGUGUGUAGGGUAAAGAAAAUCUUUAAUUUCAGAUGCAGCUAGACUUCCUAAGUCAUGUAAUGAAAGUUGGCUGGAAAAUUUCUGCAAAUGUUAUGUCAUAGGGGCAUCAGCUCACUGAGUAUAGGACUAUAGAACACCUCUCUGCUUCCCAUAUUUUCCCAC